UCCCUAAAACAGCUCACAAAUACAGGCCAAAACAGUAGUUUCAGGAAAAAAAGAGGAAGGCUGGAGGUGCCAUUGCAGAGGAGGCGAGAGGCCAGGCUCAGCAGUCUGAGCUGGUUCUUCAAGGCAUUCCAGCCCCAGCAGCAUCCCAUGGUGAGAAGUUCCCUGGAUGAACACACAGCCUUAGCUCACCUCUGCCAGGGCAGGGACCUGGCACUGGAGCAUCACCAGUAAUUUUCCACCCAUCUCCACGGUGUGGAAAUACACCCAGGCAUGGAAAAAGCCUAGAAGGGAAUAAAGAAGACACUUGGCCAGUAGAGCUUGGCCGGCUCCCAGCUCAAGGAACGGCUUCAGGUUCAUCCCCAGCUCUGCAGUGCUUGGCAGGCUCGGCUGUCUGAGCUCCUACGAAUGGGACAGGCCAGCAGCAUUCCUGCCAAAACCCCGGGUGCUCCCGCUCCAAGAGCUCCCUGCGCCCACGGGUUACCUGCAAGACAAAAAGGGGGGAAAGUGGCCCUUUUGUGGGGUUUGGUUGGGAUUUUUUCCUUCUUCUCACCGCAGAGAAAAGGAGAAGGAAAUACUUGGCACGGAGGGCGGAGCGAGGGGGAAGUUGGGGACAGCGGGGAUGUGGCGGUGGGAGGCGAGCGGGCCCUUUAUGAAACUCUAAUUACUCCAGCCAAAACCCACAAUAGCCCGAUGAGUGAAAAGAGGUUUUUACGAGGGCAAUAAGAUGUCCCAGCCUGCCGGGGCGGUGAUUGCCAGCCCGUGGCCUCGGGCUCUCCGAGGAGCCGCUGGUGCUCCUGCUGCAAUUCGACUCCAGCUCGGCAAGAGGGUCCGGCCGUUUCCCAACCUCGCGGUGCUAAUCCCUCUUACCUCAGUGGUGCAGCAAUAACCCCCGGAGCCAGCACCACCUCCCACUGCCGGCGGCUGCACAGCACACGAUGUUCCCAGACAGGGCUCCUCACACCCCGCGCAGCCCCGGCAAACAAGGGCGGCUUCCCAAAUCCCACGAGCAUCCUUCUCCCAGCAGCUUUCCUUGGAAAACACCCUUCAAGAGUCACUGUCCCCAGCUCACUUCCUUGAAAACUCAGGUUGCUGUGAAAACGGUGGUGAAACAGGCUGGGAAGGGGGCACCAAGGGCAGACUUGACCGAGGUCUGUGAUAUCCUGAUGAGUCCAGAGAAGAUAAGCGAUGAGAGGGUGAUGACUCACUGCCUCUUGUGCAAAACCCAGGGCCAGCCAAUGCAUCCAGUAUGUCCAAAGGAGAUGUUUCUCCACAGGAUUUCUCCUGACAGGCGAGGAUGAGGACAGCUUCAAAAGGCAAUUCCUGGAAGAGGAAGCCACCCAGGACACCAAGACCAUCGUCAGCUCACUCUGCUGGGUGUAGAAGCUCACUGAGGUCUGAUGUUUUCCUGGGAUCCUCUGCUUCAGCCAAUGGUUGUGGAGGAAGAAAACUCAUCAAUGAGGUGCUGCUCCCACGUCCAAGGCACAGGGUAGCAGUCAAUUCCUGGGGACAGGCUGGCCAAGAGUUGGCCAAGCUGCAGAGUCACGACUGGCAGGCCUGAGCAGGAGGGGGUUAUUUGGUGGUCAUGAAGGAAACAAGGUGUCCCCUUUCCCAAGGUGGCUGAAGGGAGCUGAAGAGACCAGGAUUUAGCCCCUAGGAAGAAUGAGUCAGUCACAGGGGUGACCACAAGGAUCUGUUAUCACAAGGAUCUGUUAUCGGUGGAAAAUCUUCUCAUGAGGGCAUCAAAGCAGCUCCUUGUGUGCCAAAAGGAAGGGGGAAGGGGAGGAAAAGAGGACAAAGAUCCUCUGUGCCAGGCAAGGAGAGUUCUGUGUCCCCCAGCCCCUCUGGGAUGGUGCAGGAGGGGGUUCAAAGCCCUGUGUCCUUCCAUUUGAGAGCUUCUUCAGCCCAUCCUGGCAGCCCUGGGGCUGGUGGGGCUGGGAGGGGAAGGUCUCACUCUGACAGCACCACGGAGCCAGAGCUGGGCCCAGCGUGUAUUACUCACCUUGAAACUAUGUGAGUAAACAGAGAAGGCUCUUCUUCCUGGUCCCACCUCAGCAACUAGGCUGCAGACUGGAGCAGAUACCUGAAUCCACCCUGGCAGAUCAUGGCAAUGGCUCUGCUCUCUCCUCUGCUGAGUCCUCGGGCCAAGCCACCCAGGAGAGGAGGACAGUGAAGCUCCAGUUGGCCUCCUGGGCCAUCCCCUCCUACGUGGAGCUUCUUGAGGAUGUCCCACCAGGAGGAAAACACCCCUUUCCCAUCACUUCUGGUGGUUUUAUAUGGGAAUAAAUCACACAGGACUCCAUUUUCUUCAUGGUGGAAAAAGCCCAUUCUUUAUUCACAUAACUCCUUUUUAUACAAUUUUACAGACCUUGUGUGUGACUCCAUUUAGUAGUACCUUUCUUGUCAAUUAUUGGUUAGUAACAAGUUGUUAUUCUGUAUUGAUUAGUCACUGAGACCCUCAGGGUGUACGUGCAGGAAAAGUUGUUUGUGAGAGAUAGUUUUCAUUUUUCUACCUCAUGGUGUAAAAACAGUUUAUACAGGUGCCAGUUGUUUUUCACCCAGGAGUAGAUUGUUAUGCUAACAAACUGCUCACAACAGGAUUGCUUUCACAUGGGAACUUGCAAAGUGCUAGCUUGCCUUAGAAGAAAUGACAGGCUAGCCAGAGCAGGCCUGAUUUUACAAAGCCUUUCUUUAUGAUUUUUCUACCUUACUGCAAAAUUUUCAUAACCUGUGUCACCAUUUUUUGUUGCUGAGCAGCAGCAGCCCUCGUGGCUCGGUGUGACAUGGGAGAAGUGGAGCCAACUGGGAAGAACCCAGUUGAAAGACUCAGCACCAGCUGGGAGGAAGAAGAGGUGAUCCCACAGGAAAGGGACCACCCUGCUGGCACAGCAAAAGCCUCUGAGCUCCAGGGAUUUGGUGGCCAGCACUGCAGCCAUGAGCCCCAUUGGAUCCUGAUACCUUCCACCUUGGUCCUUGGGGUUCCCUGAGAGGCUUGGCUCUUCUCUGCGGAGAACCUUCAUCCGUCUUGGUGUCCUCUUCCCCACCAGUGCCUAGAGGAAGAGACGAGACCACCCUGGACCAUUCUAGAGGGAAGAGAGCAGCCUCCAGAGCAGGACUGCAGCCAGCUCAGGGUCAGGGAGCCUUGCAGAAGAUUGAAGCAUUUCCAGGAUUGACAGUGGUUUCUGCAGGCAAGAGAGGGAAUAAAAUGGUCAAAUUCCUCACGAUUCCAUGCCUGUCCUCCCACACAGAGUAAAGGAAUGCGGGAGAUACCGCAGCAAUGCUGUGCAAACACCCUGGAGAGGUGAACCUCCUCCUGACCCCAGCUAGGAGAGAACAAAAACUGUUUUAAAGAUUUUUGGAGCAUCUUGAUGCAUCUGUGGGAGGCUUGUGGGCACUGGAUGUGUGGGAAGCAGCUGAUGGGUCAAUAGCUUGAAAGAACACUGAACACAUGGACAUCAGAGAUAACUGGUGGAGACAGAGUCCAGAGAUGUUACAGAGACCUGUAGCUAUUCCCACACUGGGAAUCAUGUAGAAAUAAAUUAAUUAACCAUUCCAGAGCUUUAGGUACAGGCAGCAGCAUCUGUGCUGGCACAGACACAGGGAUUCUCUUUGGGAAUGAGGCCAUGGAUGGGAGGAGAAGGGGAAGAAGGUCAGUGUGCUGCUGAGGUUCAAACUGGGUGACCUCAACCAGAGCAGAAAAAAAGAGAGGGGAAAAAAAAAAAAAAGAGGUUAAGAAACGGCAGCUUCCUCAGGCUGAUCCCUUGCAAGGCUUACUCAGAGUUACAUCAUGGUGCUUAUUAGGGUGCAGAUCCCUGAGAGCCACGGCUCCAGAGCCUCUGGAAGGAUCCCUGGGGAUGUGGGACUCCCUGGCCAGCAGCCAGGGCAGUAGGGAUGGCACCCCAAUCCCAGCUGUGCCACUGAGGCCAGCUUCCCAAACACGGGCACUGCUGAUGUCCCCGCAGAGGGACUCAGCUUCGUUUCAGAGCCCAGGGAGGCGAGGGGUGUUUGGGCACGGGGCUGCCUCCUGUCUGUGCCCAUCCCGGUGUUCCUGUGGCUGGGACUGCACAGCUGCUGCUGGCCAGAGCUGAGGGCAGCUCGCCAGCUUCCCUGAGUCGGCUGUCACCACACCCAAGGCUUUUCCAAGACCACAGGGCUAUUCCUCACCACACAGCACUGAGCAAGGUGGUUUCCCUGCACUGGCUGCUCUCUUCCUCUGAACCAGGAAUGCUGGGGUGUCCCUGGAGGUGCCCAGGGAACAAACCCAGGUAGGGGGCUGCUUCCCAGUGGAAGGGCAGGAUGCAGAGGUGGGGCUCACAGGGGAAUCCCAGCACAGGAAUCUCUGCUCUUGGGUGUGAGAUUCUUGCUGAAGGUCUUCUCUCAUGCCGCAGGGUGCUCGUGAGAAACUGUGCAGUGGGACUGGCCUGGAUGUUCCGUGGGUAUCCAUCCUUGGGUUUGGGGGUGUUUCCUUCCUGCAGGCAGGGAGCAGGUGAGCCACCCCAGCACCAGCAUCCUGCCUGCUGAGAGAGCAGGGAGCAUGUCAGGAGCAUCCCCAGCGCUGCCACCGUGCCAGGACUUCCCACAGAGGAGCAUCCAAACGUGCCAAGCGUAGCAAGUCCGGCCGGGAACUCAGCGCUGGAGCCGUGGGCUCCAGGCCCAUGUCCUGAUGCACGAGUGGCUUUCCUCAGCUCUGGAUGGCUUCCAUCAGCCUGCAGGCUGCUCCAAGCGCCUUCUCCCUCCCUGCAUCCUCCUCCAGGGUUUUGCAGGAUUUCACCUCCCAUACUGGGAAACAAAAGCAAAAAGAAACACCACGGCUUUUUUAUUAUGAAGUGCAGGAACGGCGUGUGAAUGCCCGGGCAGUAAUUCAAGUGGGAACAUGGAGCUGGAAAGCUUUCAGCUCCCAAACUCGACCCGAGCCUCAGCACUUGGCUUUGUGCUGCUCAUUCAUCCACAGGGUUAUUUUUGGAUUCCUCCUCCUGGGAGAACAGGAUUCGUUUUGUUUUCAGUGUUCCUUGGAGAGCAGCUUGCUGAAGGAAUGACUUAGCAGAGAAAAACCCUCUUGGCUGGUGGGGUCCGCUCGAUUCCAUGAUUCUAGGUGGGAAUGUGAUGAUCUUUCAUGUCCCUUGGGGAUUCAUUCCCACUCUGCUCUUGCUGGGGCUUGGAUAUCUCAUUACCUAUGGAUAAUUAGCUAGAGAUAAUGAGCUACCUGCAUCUCUGGGUUGUUGGGCCUUGUCUUUAUUGCUUUCCUGGGGCAGCAAGCAGACUAGGUUGGGAUUUUUUUAAUUUACCAAUAACUGUAGGCUCUGGCAGGAUCCAAAUAAAAAUUUUGAAGGAGAUAAAACUGUUGGAUGAGCAACCAGACUUGCCCAUACCAUAUUUUCUUAGAAUCAUAGAAUGGUUUGGGUUGUAAGUGACUUCAAAAAUCAUUCAGUUCCAGACCUAAUUUUCUCCUUGUUCAACCUAAAAAGGGGAUCUUAGAAGGAGAUCCAGAGCAAAGGGGGGGUCGGAGAAGCUGUAAAGACCCACCCCAAGAAACUCUCAGAGCGUGGGAUCUGAUUUCCCAGACAGGGAGAGGUGUGGGAGUGGGUAUUUCAGAGGAUGUUUGGAUCUCCUUCUCUCACUGCCAGCAGCCAGUUGGAGGCUUAGAAGGAGCUGGCAGCUUCCAAGGCUUCAACUCCUUCUUGGCUCCAGAAGAAAUGAGUGGGAUGAGGAAACCUGGAUCCCUCUCUUUACAAUGUGUACUUUAAAUUUAACCACAAUGGCAGCUGUUGGGAGCCCUCCCUAUAACCGUCCCUAAUCUUCCCUGCACCACUCCAUCCCUUCAUCCCUGUUUUCCUCUGUCCCUCCCCUCCAGCCAGGCUGUGCACGGGGAAAUUGGGACUGUCUGUACAGCUCUCUUAUUCCAAUUAGCUCGCUAAUUAGAGCCUCAUCAGGGUGCUGCUGCGCCAAGGAUGUCUCCAAGCAGGUUUGAUGCCUCAGCAGGGAGCUGCUCAGACCAUUGGACUCACUAAGGCAGAGAUGAACCACACAGGAAGCGGAGAGAAGGAAAUUCACAGGAAAAAGAACAAAAUAGCAGGAAGGCCAGCUCACCUCUCCUGUGGGGACACCGGCACCAGUGUAUAAAUGGCCUCAAAACGGUACUCACAGUCUGCAGACCCUGUGAUUUUCAAGAAACUACCUCGUCUGGAGCCUGCCACUGGCUUCCUGCCCAGGAAAAUCCCAGGCACAUCCAGCCCUGUGCCCCACCCUGGCUCUGAAAACCAUUUCAACUACAAGGGCUCCUACUUUGCCUGCCCGCUGCAGAGCCCCAAGGGCCCCGAGCAGCCCCCAGCUGGCUGGAGCCCUGCGCCCGCCUACCUGCACUACAGCCCCGGUGCCCUGAGCCAGCCCGUGCCAGCUGAGGGGCCACUGCUGAGCUUCCUGCUGUACCCACCAGAGAGCCUUGACACCAGGCUGCAGCCCCCGGACAGCCAGAAGAGCAAGGACAGCCUGAGCCAGGAGCAGCUGAUGGCCAGGAAGAAGCUGGACAGUCCCAGGUGUCCCUUGCCAGUGAAGAAGCCAGUGGUGGUGAAGAAGGCAGUUCCUCUAGCAGUCCCCAAGCCAGUGUACGGUGCCCCGGCCUCCUUCUUGGCUCCCGGGAUGGCUCUGCUACUCGGAAAACAAGCAGAGAGCCUGCAGCAGCGACCAGGGGAGGCAAAUUGGGCCCUGCCCCCUGCCACCCACCCUCUGCACCCCAGCGAGCCCCACAAGAGCGGUCCCUGUGCUGACCACAGCCUCCUGCUGCUGCCCUCCAGCCUGGCCCUGCCUUCCAGGGAGCAGCUGAGCUCCUCCACUGCCUUACCCCAGUACUGCAUCACCUUUGAUAAGUAUGGGCCACCGCCCAGCACCCCGUUCCUGGAAGCAAGUUGUCCCUCUGCCCAGAGCCAGAAGAAGGUGCUGGAGGUCCCCAGCCUCAGCCUGGACCCCUGGCCCAAGCUCCAGCUGCCUGACACCAGCCCAGUGAUCCAGGAGAGGUCGGCGAUGUGCUGCCCACCCCCCCCAUACCCGCUGUCACCCCACAGAGCUACCCCCCUCUACCAGCCCCCAGCUCCCACUGCGGGGGAGCCCAGUGCCCUGCCCAGCUUUGGCUACGUGGGAAGCAGGGAGCCCUUUCCCGGCACCCACCUCAAGCCCCAAGAUCCCAGCAGUUACUUUCCCAGCCCCUUGGAGCCCUACGUGCUGAGGACAGCAGGUUCAAGGCUGAGGGAUGCCGAGCCACCCAGGGAUGCCGAGCUGCCCAGGAACACCGGGUACCCAGGGUUUGCCGUCACCCCGGGCGAUGCAUCCGCGUUCCACGCCUCCUUUCCCGGCACGGAGCCGGGGUGUGAGCAGCACAGCGCAGACAGUCCACAGUGGCGAGCAGCACCGAGGCACAGCAGCGCUUUCCAGCCUGUCUGCACCCCAGAGAAGCUUUCCGGGGGCUCCGGUGGGCUCGCUGAGGCAUUUCCCGAGAGAGGAGGGAGCUGGGAGAAGCCCAGGCAGAGGGAGGAGGAUCACCUGAACCCAGGGAGGAGGAACAGCAGCCUGGCCCCUCAGGACACCCCCCACGGGGGACCAAGGGAAGGAAAUGCCUGCAAGGUCAAGGAUCCAGCCAAGGAGCUCGUCCGCCCUUCUCUGUCCCUGACCCCCGUCAAAGGGCUGGAAGACCUGAGGGACACCAAGGCUUUGUCAUCCUCCCCACCGAUGCCUGUGAUCCACAAUGUCUUCAGCCUGGCACCUUACCAGGAGUAUCUGGAGAAGGCCAAGGUCACAGACCCCAUUCUUUUCUGCAGGAAGCAUCUGUGGGAGGACUCCUCACCCCAAAACACGGGUGGCAGCCAGGAGCCUGCUGCCCUCAGAGACGUCUCAGUGGUGUCCAGCCGGAGGUCAGGCAGUGAUGCAGUGCAGAGCCAAGGGGAAAGCUCUUACAGGAGCAUCCCUAAAAAGCCAAAGCCUGUGGCCCAAGAGCUGGUGUCUCAGGAGGGCAGCCCUGACAGGGUGGGCACUGAGGAGCCAUCCCCUAAGGAAGUGGUGCUGGACCUCAGCUUCAAGAAGAGACUGGUAGAAGCUGGGGACACCGAGAGACCCACUGGCUGUGCAGAGGGAACACUGGAGCAAGAGUAUAAGGAGGAGAAAGAGGCUGCAGGAGAGAAGGUGGGGUCGGGAGAGGGUGCACAGCCCCGGGUGCCUGAGGCGGACUCUGGGGACAAGAGCAGCUUCCAGAGCUCAGCCAACUUCAUGUUCCAAAAAUACAAGUUGGUGCUCUCCCUCCCACCCAGCACUGAGCCCACCCAGCAGAAUGGCAGCUCUCAAGCCCCCCAGCCCAGCCCCCCCAGCAGCACCCCCACUCCAGCCCACCCAACCUCCUCUCCAUCCAGCACCCCCCUGUUCCCACAGCCUGGCCCCCAGAUCAGCAUCAUCCUAGCCCCAAACCCUCCCCAGAUCCUGGUUCCCAGCACCCCCUCCACUCCAGAGGAGGAGAAGGUGUUGGUGGUCAAGAAGGUUGGUGUUGUCCCCUCACAGACCCCCUCGGGGCGGUACUUCACCUCCCUGCACACCUUGCUCUGUGACACGAUUUCAGGCUCAGUGUCCCGCUCCUCCCCGGAGCUCCUGCAGCAGUGGCUGAAGAAGGCUGAGCAGGCAGAAGAGCUGGGAGAGAUGCCCAAAUCCCUGCCCAGCCCCAAAAAUGACUCCAAGGCUCCCAAUCCUCAGAAGCCCAGCAACGGCAAGGAGAUCUGGCUGGCUUUCCAGGACGUGGCCAAGCUCCUCACCGACCUGCUCUCCCAGCUGAAGACCUUCAUGUCCGCGUGCCCUUUCCCCCACGUCGUCCGGGCAGGAGCCAUCUUCAUCCCCAUCCACGUGGUGAAGGAGAAGCUCUUCCCAAAGCUGCCUGGGAGCUUCGUGGACCAAGUGCUGCAGAAGCACAAGGUGGAGCUGCGUCCCACCACCCUGUCGGAGGAGAGGCACCUGAGGGACCUGGAGCUGAAGAGCUGCACCUCCCGCAUGCUGAAGCUCCUGGCGAUCAAGUGGCUUCCCGAAAUCUAUCCUGACCUGCUCAACCUCCACUGGCACAACUCCAUCCGGCAGCAGCUCGGUUCAAGCUCAGAGACUGACCAGCAGCCUUCCAACCCUGGCGUGGAGGCACUGAAUGCUGAUGGCAAAGCGACAGCCAUGGACAAAUCAAGGGAAAGGAGGCACCAAGGAAUGUGCCAAGGGCAACAGCCGAACGGUGACGGGAAUGGGAAGGUCCUGAGUCCCCAGAGCCAUGGAUGCUGAGACCACCAGCAGCCCUGCAGGCAGGUGCUCAGCUCCCACCUGCAUCAGGAUCCUCCAGGAUGCUGAUACCUUGCCAGGGACCCUCUGGGGCUGCUGCUCAGGGUGAAGAACAGCUCAAUGGUGCUCCAGGGACACACACAGGGAUGCUGCUGGCGGGUUAUCUGGGCCUGGGCAUGGGCUCGAGCCCCUCACGGCAGCUGGAGCUGCUUUUCUUUGAGUGGAUCAUCUUCCAGUGCAUCUCCUGCCUCCAUCCGUGAUUGCCCUGGUGAGCUGAGAGGGAAUGGCUGGAGUUCCAGUGGAGCUGGAGCAAGAGGAGCAUGGAAAUGGGACCAGCACCGUCCCCAGCCUUGGAAAAAGGGACUGCAGGGAUGACAUCCCACAUCCUCCUCUCUCCUCUGAAUCCCCACUCCCGCUUUAUCCACGCCAUUCCCAACAACCAUCCCCUUCCUCUGGGAUUUUUACCUUUAAAGUGCCACAAAGACCUGGCACAGCAGCAAGGGCAAGCUAAUCGUGACUUCCAUAGUCUCAAACUAAGGGUUUUUUUUGUCGUAAAUGAAGACAUUUUACAAAUGUUCUGGAUUUACCUUUAUAAGGAGCUGCUGCCUUCA